AUGAGCUCCCAAACAGUUCGGAAUCCCGUAUCACAAAUUAUCCAUAGUAAGGAAGAUGUUGAAGAUGAGGAACCAAAAAAGAAGUCACGGGAAGAUUGGCGGAAAGCAAAGGAACUAGAAGAAGCGCGUAAGGCUGGUACUGCACCAGCUGCUGUCGAUGAAGAAGGUCGCGAUAUCAAUCCUCAUAUUCCGCAGUACAUAUCAAACGCUCCUUGGUAUUAUGGAGCGCAGGGUCCAACACUAAAACAUCAACGACCUCAAAGAAAUGAAGAUAGAGGGGAUUUAGAAAAACGAGCGCCGAAAGGAGUUGAUACUUCCCGUCUGGUUACUAAAUUCCGUAAGGGUGCAUGUGAAAACUGUGGAGCCAUGACGCACAAACGAAAAGAUUGUUUAGAAAGACCAAGAAAAGUUUUAGCGAAAUUUUCAGAGUCAAUUGUAGUUCACGACGAAUUUAUUGUUAAGGAUGAAUCUGUAAAUUACGAUGAAAAGCGCGAUCGUUGGAGCUCGUAUGAUCCCGCCUGCCACAGGGAAAUUAUAGAAGAGUACGAGAAGGUGGAGGAAACAAAGCGACAAUUGAAAGCAGAAAAAUUAAAGAAUGAUCCCGACGCCGAGUUAUCAGACGACAACAAUGAAGACAAAUAUGUCGAUGAAGUUGACAUGCCCGGAACAAAAGUCGAUUCAAAACAGCGCAUUACAGUACGUAAUUUACGUAUUAGAGAAGAUACAGCAAAAUAUUUAAGAAAUUUGGACCCCAACAGUGCUUACUAUGACCCUAAAACUAGAUCUAUGCGAGAUAACCCAAAUCCCAAAGUACCAGCUGAAGAGGCUGAAUUCGCGGGUGAGAAUUUUGUUAGAUUUUCCGGCGACACAACUAAACACGCCACGGCUCAAUUAUUUGCAUGGGAAGCACAUGGUAAAGGCGUAGAUGUGCAUUUGCUAGCGGAGCCCACAAAAUUGGAGCUACUACAAAAAGAAUACGAGAAAAAGAAGGAACAAUUUAAGUCUAGUACUAAGGAACAUAUUGUUGAAAAAUACGGUGGAGAUGAACAUUUGCAAGCGCCUCCAAAAUCAUUACUUUUGGCACAAACGGAAGAAUAUAUUGAAUAUUCAAGAAGUGGUAAAGUUAUUAAGGGCAUGGAAAAGCCCAAAGCCCGUAGUAUAUAUGAGGAAGAUGUAUUGAUCAACAACCAUACAACCAUUUGGGGAAGUUAUUACAAUGGAGGUCACUGGGGCUACAAAUGUUGUAAAUCGUUUAUAAAAAAUUCUUAUUGUGUUGGUAUGAAGGACCCUGAAAAAAUAUCCGAAGCAUCUGUCACGGUAGCAUUAAUAGAAAAAGUCGAUGAUUCAAUCAUUAGUCCGAAAAUACCAAAUGACAAUGAAAAGGAGCAGUCGGAGAAUUCGUCUUCGUCCAGUUCUAGUUCGUCGUCGGAAGAUGAAGAAGAAUUACAGAAGGCCGCAGAAGAAAACAAAAAAGUUAAAAAGAAAAUGAAAAAGAGAGAGAAAAAGCGCAUCAAAAAGAUGCGAAAAAUGGAAAAGAAGAUAGCCAAGUCCAAAAAACGCAAGGAGGAAUCGAAAUCCCAUGAAGUAUUCAGAAAAGACAAAACCGAAAUGGAUGAUGAUAGAAAACGACCUUAUAAUAGCAUGUACGAUGUUAAAGCCCCUACAGAGGAGGAAAUUGAAGAAUGGCAAAGAAAGCGUAGAAGGGAUGAAGACCCAAUGUUGCAGUUUAUGGAAUAA